AUGAGAUUAUCCAUUGUUUUGGGAAUUUCAGCAACAAUGGCCUGUACAGCUGUUUUAUUUUCUGUGUUUUACAAAGACAAAAAUCUGAUCAUCGGAAAAACUGAAGAUACUUGCAUUACUGGAGCUAUCUGGGAGGGAUCCAACAUGGUUGAUUAUGCUAUGCACCGUACACUGAAAAGAAAUCUCCAACAAAGGGGAAUAAUGACUUCUGAUCUACUGCUGGCUUUUUCAAAAUCUCCUGAAAUGGAGAGCAGAGAGAUUUCCCAAGCAGCUGAAAGGAUGGAAACUUCAAUACAGCUGUUGAAAGAAAAAGUAUGCCAGAAGCACAAACGUUCAGUGCAUCCAACUGAUCUUUUACCAGCUGAUCUGCUCAGGAAAAUUGCCAAUAUGUCUGGAUGCCUACCUUACAUGCUGCCACCAAAAUGUCCAAAUAAUUGCUUAGCCAAUAAAUACCGACUCAUUACUGGUGCUUGCAAUAACAGGGAACACCCUAGAUGGGGAGCAUCAAACACAGCUCUUGCUAGAUGGCUCCCUCCAAUUUAUGAAGAUGGAAUCAGUCAGCCCAAAGGAUGGAAUCCCAGCAUGUUGUACAAUGGAUUUGAGCUACCGCCGGUCCGUGAAGUGACAAGAAAAAUUAUUCAUGUAUCUAAUGAGGCUGUUACCGAUGACAACCUAUAUUCUGAUAUUCUUAUGCUGUGGGGACAAUACAUAGAUCAUGAUAUUGCAUUUACACCUCAGAGCACAAGCAGAGCUACCUUCCUAAGAGGAGUGGAUUGCCAACUGACAUGUGAAAACCAAAAUCCCUGUUUUCCAAUGAAGAUAUUUCCCAAUGAUACGCUGUCCACUGGAAUGGAUUGCUUGCCCUUUUACCGUUCUUCUCCUGCAUGUGGCACUGGUUAUCAUGGCAUUCUCUUUGGAAAUCUAUCAACAUUAAAUCCAAGAGAACAGAUUAAUGGCUUGACCUCCUUUCUUGAUGCCUCCACUGUUUAUGGAAGCACACCUGCUAUGGAAAAAAAGCUGAGGAAUUUUACAAGUGAAGAAGGCCUCCUUAGAGUAAAUGUGCUAUAUUACGACAAUGAUCGGGAAUAUUUACCUUUUGUAAACCAGCUCCCAUCACCCUGUGCACAAGACCCAAGUUCAAAUGAAGCUGAAAGGAUUGAAUGUUUUAUGGCUGGGGACAGCAGAUCUAGUGAAGUAAUCUCAUUAGCAGCUAUGCACACAUUGUGGCUGAGAGAACAUAACCGGCUGGCUAAAGCACUGAAGAGGCAAAAUUACCACUGGAGCUCUGAAACAGUUUACCAGGAAGCUCGAAAAAUUGUUGGUGCUCUACAUCAGAUCAUUACCUUAAGAGACUAUAUCCCAAAAAUCAUUGGUCCAGAUGCUUUUAAUCAAUAUAUUGGACUAUAUAAAGGUUAUGAUCCCUCAGUAAAUCCCACAGUUUCUAACAUCUUUUCAACCGCUGCUUUUCGUUUUGGUCAUGCCACAAUUCAGCCAAUAAUAAAGCGACUUAAUGCACAAUAUCAAGAUGAUCCAGACCUCCCAAAUCUUCAUUUACAUGAGGUUUUCUUUAGCCCCUGGAGGCUUAUAAAAGAAGGAGGUUUGGACCCAUUAUUAAGAGGUGUCCUAGCAAGGUCAGCAAAACUACAGACACAAGAUCAAAUGUUGAAUGAAGAAUUAACUGAAAAGCUGUUUGUAUUGUCAAAUAAUGGUUCACUGGAUUUAGCAUCAUUAAAUUUACAACGUGGACGUGAUCAUGGACUCCCAGGUUACAAUGAUUGGCGAGAAUUCUGUGACUUACCAAGACUAAAGACACAAACCGACAUGAAUACAAUUAUAGAUAACAAGAAAAUAUCCGAAAAAAUCAUGAAAUUGUACCAUCAUCCUAACAAUAUUGAUGUUUGGCUUGGUGGCCUAGCAGAAAACUUCCUUCCAGAUGCUAGAACUGGACCACUGUUUGCAUGUAUAAUUGGAAAACAAAUGAAAGCACUGAGAGAAGGUGACCGAUUUUGGUGGGAAAAUGAUAAUAUUUUCACAGAAGUUCAAAGGCAUGAGCUCAAAAAACAUUCUUUGUCCCGCAUAAUCUGUGACAACACAGGACUUUCAGAAGUGCCACUUGAUGCCUUUCAACUUGGGAAGUUUCCUGAAGACUUUGAAUCAUGUGACAAUAUACCAGGAAUAAAUUUAGAAGCUUGGCAGGAAACCUAUGAGCAAGAGGAAACAUGUGGAGUCCCAAUGAAAGUGGAAAAUGGUGACUUUGUAUAUUGUUCAGAAUUUGGAAAAUCCAUAGUGAUUUAUUCAUGUCAAUUUGGAUUCCAGCUACAAGGAGAAGAACAAUUAACCUGUACAAAUAAAGAAUGGAAUUUUCCAUCACCAGUUUGUAUGGACAUAAACGAAUGUGAAAACCACAUGAGUUCACCCUGCCACCCAUCUGCUAACUGUAUUAACACCAAAGGCAGCUAUGAGUGUCUUUGUUCUGAUCCCUAUGAGCUGGCAGAAGAUGGAAGAACUUGCAUAGAUUCUGGAAGACUUCCUAAAGGCUCUUUAGUUUCCAUCAUUUUAGGUGGUGUUCUGAUCAUUUGUUUAGCAGUAUUAAGCUGGACACUAAUUUGUCAGUGGGCACAUGAUGCUAAAGGAUCAAUUCAGCCAAACAUGUUAAAAGGCAGAACUAAUGCACCCACUGAAUUAAAAAACAGAACUAAUGUGCCCAUGGAAUUAGAUUGCAAAAAAUGCCAUGAAAUGAAGACUUCACAGCCCAAUGCACAGGUUGAAUCAGUUAAUAAGAGCUUUCUCCAUCCUUCCUACCAGUCCCAGACACUCCCAAGAACAUGCUAAUUUUCCUUUAUCAAGUGACCCAAGAAGGAGAGAUAUUAAGUUAAAUAAGAGAAGGUGCACAAGUUAGCAAGAACCUGCAAGUACAUCUAGAAAUAAAUUCCCUAAUUUACAAAAACAGCAGUUAGAAAAAAAAGAGGCAUGGCAAAAUAACAUCCCUAAGGUAUACCAAUGAAUACAAACAUGAAAGCAUGCAUGCAGUGAAAAACAAAUGACAGGCCACUAUUAAGUGUACAAAUUAUGCAAGGAUUUCAUAAUCACAAAGAUAUUUAAUUGACAAACUUUGUGUCACUGCUACUAGCUAAUGCAAUGUUAUUUAAAGAACUAGCAAUGGGAUAAUGCAAUCUUGGCUUUCAGAUCUUCUUGCUUAUUUCUCUUUCUUCAAACCCACAAUAUAUUUUUAAAGGGAGCUUGACCAAUUUUUUCUUACUGCAUUAUUAAGAUAAAAGGAAUUUAAUGUGUUGCAGUACAGAUUUACUAUAAGGCAUAACAAGAUAACAGGAAACUUCACAGGCUCUCUAUUCUUCACUUUGAAUUGAUAAAUAUGAUCUUCAGCAUGAAGAUAUCAAAAUAUCUAACUGUUGUUAUAUUAUAUAAGAAGGAAACCCCACAUAGUCAACUCUGUCUCCAAGGGAAUGGGAAAUUAACUGCAUAUUCUGUAAUGAUUUGUGUGACUGAUGAAUUUACCAGUGUUGACCAACUGGGACCGAUUUCACUUUUCUUAUUUUAGGAUGAUAAUACAUCUACCAUAUCACUUACCAUAAAUCAUGAAAAGCUAUCAAGCUGUGUAAAUUCUAGCCAGGGCUAGCAGCACUCCCUGUUGUUAAGAUUAGAAGAAGCUUUAUGCAAAUAAUACCCCCUCCACCUGCAAUUAACAAAUGCUCAGUCAAAACUUGUUACAGUUAAAUGGGUAAAAAUUCUGAAGUUCUCAUGUGCAGUGAACAUG